CAGUAUGGCCUCAUCAUCAACACCUAAAUAUAAUUCAAACUCCUUGGAGAGUUCCUCAAGUAAAAGGACUCUAAAAGAUGGAACUAACUGGGAACAAAAUGAAGAAAUACCUCGUCUGCCAGGAGAGACUAGAGUUACAGACAAGGAUGUUAUUUAUAUGUGUCCGUUUAAUGGCCCCGUUAAAGGAAGAGUGUACAUCACAAACUACAGGCUGUACCUAAGAAGUGUGGAAAAUGAUCCAGUUGUGGUAUUGAAUGUUCCAUUGGGUGUAAUUUCAAGGAUUGAAAAAAUGGGAGGAGCUUCAAGUAGAGGAGAAAAUGCUUAUGGAUUAGAUAUAACUUGUAAA